UUGCUUAAUGGUUGCUCAGGGAUUCGCCGGAAUUCCACAGCAAGCAUUGAGCGGAGUCUAGAGUUUUUGGCUUGCUUCGGAGCGAAGCGAUGUUUGCCGCCGGCCGGAGUCGAAUGCGUCGGCGGUGUCAGAUCCGGUAAAAUGAAACGGCGCAUUUUAGGAGGCGUCGAUCAGCGGCUCGGAAACGUGGCUUGUGUCCUGCAGGGUCUGCGAAUAAACAACGUCGAUCAGCUUAAGAGGUGGUGGUGUUCGCUUUUGAGUUCCGACGCUCUUCCGAAGCCCAGUCGACCACCGGUGACAACGCUGGAAGUUCAUUGA